AUGUCGAAACCGCUCAACGAUGAAGCCUCCCCGCUUCUGCCCCGCGACGAUGCCGGGUCCCACCAAUCCAGCCCUUCCAGCUCCUCCGACCCGUCCAACCUCGUCCUCUUCCGUCGCGCAGUGGGCAUCAACGUCCACCUCCAACCCCAAGACGAUUGCGAUCUCGAGUCCGGCCGCAUUUCCGCCCUCGGCAUCUACGCGUCCACCAUUGCCGCCCACCGCCGCGUCCGCAUCUACCGCAUCAUCGCCACCGUCGUACUGUACACCUGCCAUGCCGCCCAGCUGAUCAUCGGUGCCGUGGUGGCCGCCAUGGGCCCCUCCGCGGGCACGCACAGGAAGAGCAUCACUGUUCUGGGCGCGAUCAACACGGCAGUCGCUGGUGUGUUGACCCUUAUGAAGAGCCGUGGGUUGCCGGAGAAGCUGCGUCGCGACGAAGUUGAGUUCCGGCGCUUGCAGGACUGGAUUGAGGAGACUGAAGCAUUAUUAAUGCUGGGUGUCAUUGGAGAGACGAGGGAGGAGGUUGGAGAACUCGUGGCGACGGCGUACAAGAAAUGGAACUUGGCGAAUGAGCGGGGAGAAGACAUCAGGCCCGAGGGGUACUCCCGUGAAGAGGGAGACAGGAGCAAGAAGACGGGAUUGAACUCCAAGUGGCUGCGCGGGUUGUGA